UUAAAAAAAAAAAAAAACAAAAAAAAACAAUAGGUAAUAGUAAGUAAUACUUGAGCGAAUUUUAGAAAAACUGAAAAUGAGGCCUAAGAAUUAUUGAUCAAAAACACUGAAAAGAAAAAGAACCUCAAAGCUGUAAUUGAAUUUUUAUUUACAUAUUUUACAUUAAGUAAUGCUAUUUCUCAAAAAAAAAAAAAAAAAAAAAAAAACAGAUUGAUUUUAUCGACAAUUUGUAGCACAUUUGGGUAGUUGGGCACCUUUAGAAACCUGUGGUGCCUCUGCCCACUUCCUCACUCUAACGAUCCCAGUUUAGGGGCUGAUAGCUUUUCAUUGCUUUGAGUUCAAAGGCGCCGAUUUUUAUGGAGUUCAAGUUUUUGUUUUGGCUUUAAAAGUUGAUUCAGCACCUCGCCACCAUACUUACUCAUCUACCACGCUUACUCAUAGUAAUAAUUCGUCAGGUUAGAUAAAGUACUCUAAGGUAGUGUUGCACUUGAGAGCUAAUCCGAUUUUUCAACAUGAUUUCAUAAUGAAAAUCACCUGGUGUUGGGUUUGGAAAGACGGCUUGAUUUACAUCAUAAUAAUCACAAUUUUGAUAACGGCGUUAGUCUUCACAAUAAUAUGCUGUGCCUAUUGUUUCUGCAAAUACGAAAAGAAAAUAAGAAAAAGAGACGAUGAGUUUGCAAAAAUGACGAACGUGGUCAAGAAAAUCGUCGUCCAAAAACAAAUCAGCUUUAAUAACGAUUCGCCAGAUGUCUUGAAUAUGCCUAUCGUUGCUAUUCAAUGUUUGAGAUCUGGUAAAGCCAGAAAUGGUAUGAUUUCCGACGGAGUAUACCAAAUGCCUUUGGAUGAACGCUGGGAAAUUCCUCGACAUAAUUUACGUAUUGGUAGAACUGUGGGUGAAGGCGAAUUCGGUACAGUUGCCAAAGCCGAAGCGAAGAAUAUUUCAGUGCGAGAAAAUGAAACAACAAUCGUAGCUGUGAAAAUGCUCAAAGAUGAGCACACAGACACAGACAUGGUUGAUUUAGUAUCUGAAAUGGAAAUAUUGAAAUUACUUGGAAACCACCCAAACAUCCUCCAGCUCAUAGGUUGCUGCAGUCAGAGAGGACCCUUGCUGGUAAUCACAGAAUAUGCUGAAAACGGAAAUCUUCAGAAGUUUCUUCGUACGCAUCUUCAACAAUCCAUUGAACUCCCAGAAACUACUCUCAUGUCUUAUGCUCGUCAAAUUGCGCUGGGGAUGGAGUAUUUGGUCUCAUUAAAGUGCAUCCAUCGAGAUUUGGCGGCUCGCAAUAUCCUCGUAACAGCUAACUACACGAUGAAAAUAGCAGAUUUUGGUCUUGCCAGAAAUGUAAAGAAUUCAGAGUACUAUAGAAAAACUUCGAACGGAAGACUUCCGAUUAAAUGGAUGGCACCUGAAGCUUUGCUUCAUCACAAAUACACACUUCAGUCAGAUGUGUGGUCAUACGGUGUGUUAUUAUGGGAAAUUGCAACAAUGGGUGGUAUUCCAUAUCCUGCGAUUAUUAAUCUUGCCGGACUACUUCACGCUCUAAACCAAAAUUAUAGAAUGGAAAAGCCUCCAAACACAUCUACAAAUGUGUAUAAUUUAAUGCUGGAUUGUUGGGAAAAUGAACCUGAACUUCGUCCAAAUUUCUCGACCAUUGUAGAAUUACUGACAGAAUUAUUGACAAAUACCGAGGUAAUCGAUGGGUCUAGCCAUUUAAAAAAUCCUGAUACUGAUGGAUCUGAGAUGGGAAGUAGUGUUUUCAGUUCGAAAUCCUUUGAAAAUGAAAAUGCAAGUGAAGCUGCUUUGCUGUAA